AUGGCGGUCGCGUCCAUGCAAGUCGAGGGCGCCAAUGCUCAAGCAACGGUCCGUCAACCCAUCCGAUUCCCCGACGAGGUUAUACCGGCGAUCGACGGAUUACCCGUGUGGAACGACGGCAAGAAGUGUAUCGAGUGCGGGUAUAUCCGGCGUACGAGGAACCACAUCCAGCAGCAUUGCCGGUCAGAGCAUGGUUGGGUGAACCCGAGGGGCCGCGGCCGUAAGCCAGGGCGGACGCCGGCAGGCGGAUUGGGCGAGGCGUGGGUGGAUGGGGUAUUUUGCCAGCGGUUCGGGCGGGACGGCGCGUUACAGCGGUUGUUCGAGGUUAUACCGCCGCCGGCGGCCACGGCCGGUAGCGACGCCCAGGGCCCAGGCCGGGGCGAGUGCGGGCCGAGGGGCGCCCGAGCGGCCAUCCAGGCGCAGUUCGAGGCAUUGGCGCGGGCCAUCAAGGAGAAAGACGAGGCGGCGGCAGCGUUGAUCGGCGAGCAGUCGCGGUUGUCGGCCAACAUGUGGGUGCGGCGGACAGGGUGGCCACGGCAUUUACACGGGUUCGACCGGGAGUGGUUGGCAUCGACGACGAAGCGGCCGGAUACCGAGGAGGGGACGACGAGCGGUGGUAGUAGGGGGCACGGGGAUCGGGACCAGGGCCGGGAUCGUGACCGAGACGAAGCCGAAGAGGAGGCGAGUCGCAGCGGAGGCGAGGAUGCGUCGGCCGACGAUGACAAGGCGGAGAGCGAGGCCGCGUUGGCCAUCGUGUCAUUGGCCGUGGAGCGAGUCAUUUGGCGGGCGCAGAAGGCGUCGCAGGCCAGCGUGGUCGGAUCGGCGGCCGUCCAUUACAUCGAACGGCGCGAGGUCGGCGGCGAUUCGAACGAGAAGCCGUUCAACGCGGGCCAGAAGGGCGCGACGAUGGUCAAGUACAGCGCGGUAUGGGCGUCGGUGAUGGCGCACAUAUGGCGCACGUGGCAUUUGGAUCCGGUCGAGGAGGCGGCCGAGGAGGAGGCGGCCGAGGGGGAAGCGGAGGAGGAGGAAGCGGAGGAGGAGGAAGCGGAGGAGCAGGAGGAGGAGCAGGAAGAGGAGCAGGAGGAAGAGGAGGAGGAGGAGCAGGAGGAGCGGGGCGAUGGCGACCCGGGGGCGAACGCCCGGAUAGAGGGCGGCGAGCCGGAGGGGAUCCGAGAUCGCCGGCCGGCAUACCAUUUCACCGCCGAGCAAGCCGAGUUGUUCGAUCGGGUUCGCAUAGCCGCAUACGCGGCGAUCGAAGGCCGAGACGAGAGUAGGACCGACGACGGUUCCGGUAGCGCCGAGGACAAAGACGAAGACGACACGAGCGAGUUGGAGGGCCAUAUAUUGGAUUUUUUCAUCGCGUUGUUGGACCACGACAUCGGCGACAACGAGUUCCGGAACGCGUUGUAUAGCGGGUUGGCCGUGUUAGGGAUCCAGCCGGGGCACGGAUGGCGAAGCGCGUUGGUAUAUACACCCGUGUUGUCGGCGAUCGUGACGGUGGCGCGGAUGUUGGUGUUGUACAAGGCCAAGCGGGCGCGCGACGAGGAAAUCCGGCGCCGACAGCG